UGUUCCGUUCCGUUCUGUUCCGUUCCGGGCCACGCGGGGCGCCGGGAGCCGUAGUUCUUGGGCCGCCAUUGCGCUGCCGCCCCGCCGGGACCGCGAGCCAUGGAGGGCGGCUUCGGCUCCGACUUCGGUUCCGAUUUCGGCUCCGGUGCCGGCGGGGGAGGCAAGUUGGACCCGGGGCUCAUCAUGGAGCAGGUGAAGGUGCAGAUCGCCGUGGCCAACGCGCAGGAGCUGCUGCAGCGAAUGACGGACAAAUGCUUUCGGAAAUGCAUCGGGAAACCCGGCGGGGCGCUGGACAACUCGGAGCAGAAAUGCAUCGCCAUGUGCAUGGACCGGUACAUGGACGCCUGGAACGCGGUGUCCAGAGCCUACAACUCCCGGCUGCAGCGGGAGAGAGCCAACAUGUGAAAGACAACAUGUGAGAGAGAGAGAUAACAUGUGAGAGAGCCGACAUGGGAGAGAGAGAGAUAACAUGUGAGAGAGACAACAUGGGAGAGACCAACAUGUGAGACGGGUCGGAGCGCGGAGCCGGCGGCAAUAAACCCCGUUACACCGCCCUGA